AUGUCGCGGAAACGCAGAAGCUCCGAGCUCCAGCAAGACAUUCAAGCUCAUCGAGCACCGCCAGCUCGAGUCCACACAUCUCCGACCAAACAUGGACACUUUCGGCUUACGCAGUCAAUCGACCAAGAUCUGGAGACAUUAUGUCGAGGGGCGAACAUCAGUCUGUCAGAUGACAAGCGGGCUUCAGCAGCAGUCAUCGGUGUCAAACAACAGAUCUGUGACAUGUUCAGAUUACUAUGGUAUAAGAACAAACCUGCUCUUGAGCAAGCGAUCAAUGCGUUCCUCGACGAUGUAGCUGACUACACGCCAUUGGCACCGAUCUUUGGUGGCCAGGAGCACGAUCGGAAACUUGAAAAUUUGCGACAGAAGCUGAGUGGACCUGCUAAGGACAAGCGCGACGAGCUUCGAACGCCAAAGGCCGUGAAGACUAAAGAUGUCGGUCACAGAUCCGACGAUCGAGAAGACACACCUCUCUCACCGCCAUCGCCAUCACAGGGCAGAGGGCUCAAGUCGGCAUUCAAGACUGCAAAGUCCGCACCGCCGCAACCACCAAGUACAAAGAUGCCGCCUCCUCCCCAGAAACCAGACCCAGUCAUUUCAUUCGAGUCGACUCUGACGAGGAAAUCCUCUUUUGAGUCCACAAACGCAGGAUCCGUGCUGUCGGCAAACACAGCAUUAACCUCAUUUAGUGAGGCGCCGGGCGCGCAGCGAAUCUCAGACUAUGGCUCGGUAGUCCCAACUGAUUUGCUCGAUGCUUUGACUCAAGAGUCGAUAACCAAGGUUAGAGAAAGCAAUGCGUCGUCUCUCGGUACAGAGAUCUGGGGAUCGUCGCUCAAUACUGUCGAUUGGGAUCGUGCCGAGAAUACCGAGUACAUUCGCAGCCAAGGGACGAUAACUGUACUUCACGGAGAUGCGGAACCUGAGCAAGUCGCCGAUGCAAUUGUAGAGGCACCAGCAGAUCCUCGUCUUAUGCGCUUCUCACCAUCUCGUGGCUUUGCUCAGCUUCAGAUUCCGGACUCAUUCGCAAAUCUGCCAUUUCACGUCCAAUGGGAAGCUCAUCGCGUCCUUCAGCUAAACAAGAUAUCUUUGGACGAGGUGAUCUCUCAAUGGCAGCCUCAGUCUUUAGCUCGACUGUACGAGAUCGCUGCGCAUCACAAGCUCAACUUUCGUCCCGGGUUCGAUGCACAUGAGCCUCCGAGUUUUGAAGAAGUGACAAUGAAUGGCCAGCUGCGAUUCGCGAAAUCGAGCACUGGCCCUGUUUUCGACAUGUUUCUGCAAGCUCCGAAGCAGGAGGUGUCUUGCGACCUGCAACGCAAAUAUGGUGCGGAUCGAGUGUUGUACCUGAGCAUGCCCAACAUCUUCAAGACGCCCCAGCUGCAUGCAGGUCGCGAUGUAUCGAGGAAGUUCCAAGACAUGGCGACCAGACCUCAGUUCUUCUGCGGUCGACAGUGGAUUAUGUACUCACUGCAGCCCAACAAGAUGAAUUCGAAAUCGAAGACGAGAAAGUCUCAGGCUCAGGAGCAAGGCACACAUCGCAUCAUAUUCCUGGCGAUCGAAGGUUUAGAUGUCGCUGAGGUUUUCGACUACUUGCUGCCAUACCAAGGAAAUCGGCAUCAAAGCGCAUGCAAGUUGUACACACGAUUGGAUCUAUACGUCUCACGGACGAAGGUCGGCACGCAGUUCGAUGAAGGCGACGUGGUCUUUCAAGCACGAGAUCAAGCUGCCACGAACGAGUUGGACAACGACCCCUAUCGAGAUCCUGAUCUGAGCUUUUACGACACCUUCGUUCCGGGGAAGGUCAUGAGCGAUGGCUGCGCCGAGCUAUCCCGACAUGCCUAUUGGAAGAUUUGCGAGCAGCUGGGAGGUGAUCACACGCGCUCUGCCUUUCAGGCUCGCAUUGGCGGCGCCAAAGGCGUGUGGUACAGGGCUGCGGAAAUUGAUGGUAGCUUCGAUGUUGGCAAACCACCAGGGCCGCAUAUCACUAUCGUCCAAAGCCAGAUCAAGGUGCAACGAGACUCUCUGGAAGAUUGCGACCCGGACCAGCGGAAAUUCAACGUUGUAAAAGCCAACUCAUACGCACGCCCGUCACUCCUCCACGCGGGCUUUAUGCCAAUUCUGCUGGACCGUGGCGUGCCUCGUCAGGUCAUGCUUGACGUUGCAAGAACGCAGAUCAAGGCCGAAGUUGAUGCUUGUGAAGCCGCUAUCGUCAGCCCGGAUCCUCUAGCAUUCCGCAUGUGGCUACAUUCGCAGAAUGAGUUGUAUGAGGAGCGGAACCGUACUAGAGAUGGAGGCAUCGACACCGUCGCCGGCUGGCCAAUCAGGAGGGAGGAGAGAAUUAUCCGAUUGCUGGAGUCUGGCUUCGUGCCUACGCAGUGUCCCUACCUUGCGCGGGAUGUGAUCGAUUUGGUAAAGUAUACCUUCGACCUCAAGCAAAGGAACUUCAAAAUCCGACUUGGUCGCUCAACUACAUUGAUGGGUAUCGCAGAUCCGAAAGGCUGUCUGGAGCCCGGCGAGGUUCAUGUCAACUUCAGCGCACCGUUCAUAGACCCGGUGACAAAGGAGCAAUUUCAAAACUUGAGCUCGCCCGAGGUGGCAUUCGGACUGGUGGCGCGGAACCCAGCAAUGGCGGCGUGGGACAUUCAGCGAGUCCGCUUCGUCUACAAGCCUGAGCUGAAACAUUUGACUGAUCUUGCCGUGUUUUCAUCGAGAGGUCAUCGACCCUUAGCCAGCAAGUUGCAGGGUGGAGACUACGAUGGCGACACCUUCUGGAUAUGCUGGGAUAGGAAGCUGGCUACCUUGUUCAAGAAUGCUCCGGCGCCUUGGUCAGAUAGAGAAGCGCCCAUACGUCACUCGAUCCCCAGUGUCGAGCAGCUGGGAAUCACGAGGAAGACACAACGCCUGGACGAUUUCGUUGAGGAUCCUCGCGAUCUAGGGCAGUGGUGUCACUGGUUGGGAGAAAUGGGCAUUGCACGAUUGACGCCAAAUCUUCUUGGACAGGUCACGAAACUGCAUGAGCGUCUCACCUAUACAACUGGCGACAUCAAUUCGUACCACGCGAAGCAGCUCGUGUACUUGCACGACUGUUUGGUAGACGCCGAUAAGCAAGGGUACGAAUUUGGCUUCGCUGCACUGAACGAUUUCAAGAAGAGCAUCGAACUCCCCACCGACCUUCAAGAUCCGAGGUACUGGAAGUACACGGCCGACGACAAUGAAAACGACUUGGAGAAGCAGAGCACAACGUACAACGUCUCCAAGCUCAACUUCGUCCCAACGCGCGCGGGUAAGGAGAAGAACAUCAUUGACGAAGUUUACUUCGAUGUAGCCGAGCCGCUCAUCCGCGAGUGCCUUGCUCGGGUGGAAGAUGUAUUAUGUUUCGAAGCUCAAGACGACGAGGAUCUGACCAGAUUCUACGACCAGACCUGGGAUUCAGCCUCGGAAGGAUCAGUCAUUCGCACAGAGCUACAGGCACUUAAGAAACGCCUGCAAGAGGUGCGGUCAUUAUGGGGCGAACUGCGAGUCCCCAACAGCUGGUUCGAUCUACUCACACAAGUCCGGCAAAGGUACGAUGAGAUACAGCCUCAGGAUGUGACCCAUCCUACUGUCGUGGAAUGGCUCCGAAGACAAGGCAACAGACCGACGAUGUGGGACCAGCUGAAAGCGUGCGCAUUCGCCAAACUCUUCCAGAGGAAGGGCAAGACCCCAGGCCAACUCGUCUUCAGCAUCGCGGGACACGAGUUGUGCGAGAUCAAAGCGACGGAGCUGGGACCUACACGGACAAUGUGCGACAAUCAGUACCGCCAGCUGAAGCUGAGGAAGGCGAAAAAGGUGGAAGUGAGAGACGAGUAUGAGUUUGAUGCUGGAGCGGAUGUGCCGGACAAGCAGCUGGACGACGAUGAAGAAGUCGAACCUACGGACUACUAUUGGGGCAUCCGGGUUGAUGGGAUUGUAUGA